AUGACGUUCCUCGCAGUUUGCUGACGAUAGAGGCUGACCAAGUUGCUCAGGGGACCAGAAUGUUUCGAGAGACCCUCCUGGCGUUUCUCGUUAUCGCGCUCCACCCCCAUCACCGAUUAAUAACCCGAGCUUUCAUGAAAGGCCAUUCCUCGGAGGUGACGGACAGACUCGAAAAUGUCACGCAGACGAUCUCUCGAAUUCUCAGUGGCUACGACAUACGAUUAAGGCCGAAUUUCGGAGGAGAGCCACUCUUGGUGGGGAUGGACCUGACCAUCGCGAGUUUCGACGCGAUCUCCGAGGUGAACAUGGACUACACGAUCACGAUGUACCUGAACCAGUACUGGAAGGACGAGAGACUGGCGUUCUCGCACGACGAGGAAGUCCUCACGCUGAGCGGGGACUUCGCCGAGAAGAUCUGGGUGCCGGAUACCUUUUUCGCCAACGACAAGAACAGCUUCCUGCACGACGUGACGGAACGGAACAAGCUGGUCAGACUGGCAGGUGACGGAUCGGUGACGUACGGCAUGAGGUUUACGACGACCCUUGCGUGCAUGAUGGACCUGCACUACUACCCUCUGGACUCUCAGAACUGCACCGUCGAGAUCGAGAGCUACGGUUAUACGGUCCUGGACGUGGUCAUGUACUGGAAGGAGACGCCGGUUCGCGGCGUGGAGGAGGCGGAGCUCCCUCAAUUCACGAUAAUCGGCUACGAGACGAACGACCGGAAGGAGAGGCUGGCCACUGGGAUCUACCAGAGACUGUCUCUUAGUUUCAAGCUGCAGAGGAACAUCGGCUACUUCGUCUUUCAGACCUACCUGCCGAGCAUCCUGAUCGUGAUGCUCAGCUGGGUCAGCUUCUGGAUCAACCACGAGGCCACCAGCGCCAGGGUGGCCCUAGGGAUAACGACGGUCCUGACCAUGACGACCAUCUCCACGGGGGUGAGGAGUUCGCUCCCUCGCAUCAGCUACGUCAAGGCGAUAGACAUCUACCUGGUGAUGUGUUUCGUCUUCGUGUUCGCCGCCCUGCUGGAGUACGCGGCCGUGAACUACACCUACUGGGGUGCCAGGGCCAAGAAGAAGGGCAAGAAGAAGGACGGCGACGAGAAGAAGACUCUUCCUGCCAAAACGGACCGAGCUGGGACUUUGCCGAGUGCUAAAGAGGGCUCUCCGUUUCCUGGGACCACGGACGCGGAUAUAAUCGAGCUCCAGGACUUGAGAGUCUCUCCUUUGCCGAGCAUCAGGAGCAGGUCCGGGUUGAUCGGCACUCCAGGAUUUUCCUCGGACCCCUGCAAGGACCACGACCCUGCCAAGUUUCCUCCAAGCUUCCGCAUCUCCAGAGCUGCCGUUUAUAAUAUUCACGGGAGAGGCGGUGGUCUACGGUACAGGGGACCUAAGCAAACCAAGCCGAAGGUUUUGCACGCCCUUCGCAGGGGGGCCUCGGUCCUGCGAGCCUCGAUGCCGAAGAUCAAGGACGUCAACGUGAUCGACAAGUACUCCCGGAUCGUCUUCCCCGUGAGCUUCAUGAUGUUCAAUGCGGUCUACUGGAUCUUUUACAUCCUCUGAGGAGAAUCGGGAAUCGUCCC